AUGCUGGUAGCCAUGCUGGUAGCCAUGCUGGUAGCCAUGCUGGUGGCCAUGCUGGUAGCCAUGCUGGUGGCCAUGCUGGUAGCCAUGCUGGUGGCCAUGCUGGUGGCCAUGCUGGUGGCCAUGCUGGUGGCCAUGCUGGUGGCCGUGCUGGUGGCCGUGCUGGUGGCCGUGCUGGUGGCCGUGCUGGUGGCCGUGCUGGUGGCCAUGCUGGUGGCCAUGCUGGUGGCCGUGCUGGUGGCCAUGCUGGUGGCCGUGCUGGUGGCCAUGCUGGUGGCCAUGCUGGUGGCCAUGCUGGUGGCCGUGCUGGUGGCCAUGCUGGUGGCCAUGCUGGUGGCCGUGCUGGUGGCCAUGCUGGUGGCCAUGCUGGUGGCCGUGCUGGUGGCCGUGCUGGUGGCCGUGCUGGUGGCCGUGCUGGUGGCCGUGCUGGUGGCCAUGCUGGUGGCCGUGCUGGUGGCCGUGCUGGUGGCCGUGCUGGUGGCCGUGCUGGUGGCCAUGCUGGUGGCCGUGCUGGUGGCCAUGCUGGUGGCCAUGCUGGUGGCCGUGCUGGUGGCCAUGCUGGUGGCCAUGCUGGUGGCCGUGCUGGUGGCCGUGCUGGUGGCCGUGCUGGUGGCCGUGCUGGUGGCCAUGCUGGUGGCCAUGCUGGUGGCCAUGCUGGUGGCCGUGCUGGUGGCCGUGCUGGUGGCCAUGCUGGUGGCCGUGCUGGUGGCCGUGCUGGUGGCCGUGCUGGUGGCCGUGCUGGUGGCCGUGCUGGUGGCCGUGCUGGUGGCCGUGCUGGUGGCCGUGCUGGUGGCCGUGCUGGUGGCCGUGCUGGUGGCCGUGCUGGUGGCCUUGCUGGUGGCCGUGCUGGUGGCCAUGCUGGUGGCCAUGCUGGUGGCCAUGCUGGUGGCCAUGCUGGUGGCCAUGCUGGUGGCCAUGCUGGUGGCCAUGCUGGUGGCCAUGCUGGUGGCCAUGCUGGUGGCCAUGCUGGUGGCCAUGCUGGUGGCCAUGCUGGUGGCCAUGCUGGUGGCCGUGCUGGUAGCCAUGCUGGUGGCCAUGCUGGUGGCCGUGCUGGUGGCCAUGCUGGUGGCCAUGCUGGUGGCCGUGCUGGUGGCCAUGCUGGUGGCCGUGCUGGUGGCCAUGCUGGUGGCCAUGCUGGUAGCCAUGCUGGUGGCCAUGCUGGUAGCCAUGCUGGUGGCCAUGCUGGUAGCCAUGCUGGUGGCCAUGCUGGUGGCCAUGCUGGUGGCCAUGCUGGUGGCCGUGCUGGUGGCCGUGCUGGUGGCCGUGCUGGUGGCCGUGCUGGUGGCCGUGCUGGUGGCCGUGCUGGUGGCCAUGCUGGUGGCCAUGCUGGUGGCCGUGCUGGUGGCCGUGCUGGUGGCCGUGCUGGUGGCCAUGCUGGUGGCCAUGCUGGUGGCCGUGCUGGUGGCCAUGCUGGUGGCCAUGCUGGUGGCCGUGCUGGUGGCCGUGCUGGUGGCCGUGCUGGUGGCCGUGCUGGUGGCCAUGCUGGUGGCCAUGCUGGUGGCCGUGCUGGUGGCCAUGCUGGUGGCCAUGCUGGUGGCCGUGCUGGUGGCCGUGCUGGUGGCCGUGCUGGUGGCCGUGCUGGUGGCCGUGCUGGUGGCCGUGCUGGUGGCCGUGCUGGUGGCCGUGCUGGUGGCCGUGCUGGUGGCCGUGCUGGUGGCCGUGCUGGUGGCCAUGCUGGUGGCCGUGCUGGUGGCCAUGCUGGUGGCCAUGCUGGUGGCCAUGCUGGUGGCCAUGCUGGUGGCCAUGCUGGUGGCCAUGCUGGUGGCCAUGCUGGUGGCCAUGCUGGUGGCCAUGCUGGUGGCCAUGCUGGUGGCCAUGCUGGUGGCCAUGCUGGUGGCCAUGCUGGUAGCCGUGCUGGUGGCCAUGCUGGUGGCCAUGCUGGUGGCCGUGCUGGUGGCCAUGCUGGUGGCCAUGGUGGUGGCCAUGCUGGUGGCCGUGCUGGUGGCCGUGCUGGUGGCCGUGCUGGUGGCCGUGCUGGUGGCCAUGCUGGUGGCCAUGCUGGUGGCCAUGCUGGUGGCCAUGCUGGUGGCCAUGCUGGUGGCCGUGCUGGUGGCCAUGCUGGUGGCCAUGCUGGUGGCCAUGCUGGUGGCCAUGCUGGUGGCCAUGCUGGUGGCCAUGCUGGUGGCCAUGCUGGUGGCCGUGCUGGUGGCCAUGCUGGUGGCCAUGCUGGUGGCCAUGCUGGUGGCCAUGCUGGUGGCCAUGCUGGUGGCCAUGCUGGUGGCCGUGCUGGUGGCCGUGCUGGUGGCCAUGCUGGUGGCCGUGCUGGUGGCCGUGCUGGUGGCCGUGCUGGUGGCCGUGCUGGUGGCCGUGCUGGUGGCCGUGCUGGUGGCCGUGCUGGUGGCCGUGCUGGUGGCCGAGGUGGUUAGCUGCGGUGGUGGCCAGGGGAGGCAUGUGAUGUGA